AUGCCCCACCUCGUCGCCAACUUCCUCCGCACCUCGUCCGGCAACAUCUCGCAUAUCAAAAAGUCUGCCAUCACACGAUCCCGAACCACGUCGCGCAACAACUCGGUCAGCGCCAGCCCCUACGCCUCCGACUCCGAGGACCAUGCGCAGCACUCGGUCAAGAUGCCCGAGCUGGGAGACGCCCUCAAGAAGCACCGCCUGUCGCUGCACUUUGGCCGCUCCUCGAGGCACGAUGGCGCCGCCGGCUCAUCGCACUCGGCCUCGUCUGGCGGGCCGCACGCCCCUGCCUCCAUGGACUGGAGCAUCGAGAGCCCGCCGAUUGUGUUUUACGGCUCGCCCGAGGAGAGCACCGGCGCCCUCGUCUCGGGCCUCAUGUACAUCGACGUCCACGCCGACGCCAUCGAGGUGGACAGCUUCACCGCCAGCCUGACCAUGCACGUCACCCAGAAGAAGCCCUUCCAGAGCCACUGCGCCGACUGCCAGACCAAGGUCACGGAGCUCAAGAACUGGCAGUUCCUGGCCCAUCCCACAUCUCUGCGCCGCGGCAGGCACCAGUUCCCCUUCUCGACCCUGCUCGACGGCAGCCUGCCCGCGUCGACGGACACGCCCAUCGUCUCCAUCUCAUACCACUUCAAGGCCGAGGCCGUGGCCGUCCGCGGGCCAGCCUCGACCUCGUGCCUGCCCAUCCGCUUCGAGCGCCCGCUGCACGUCAAGCGCUCGCUGCCGGAGCCGCUGUACCCUCACCACUCGGUGCGCGUCUUCCCCCCGACCAACAUCAAGGCGUCGGCACACUACACGGCCGUCAUCCACCCCUCGGGCAGCAACGCCGUCACCCUCAAGCUGGACGGCCUGAUGACGCACAACGAGCGCGUCAAGACGGUCGACCUGUGGAAGCUGAAAAAGGUCACCUGGAAGCUGGAGGAGACCAUCAAGACCAUCGCCCCCGCCUGCGACAGGCACGCACCCGCCUCUUCUGCUGCCGCCGCCGCCGACGCCGACGACAACGAGGCCAAGAGGGGCGCCCCCCGCACCGAAACCCGCAUCCUCGGCGAGAAGCAGCUCCACGAAGGCUGGAAGUCGGACUACUCGGGCAACGACGGCACCGUCGACUUCGAGUUUGACUACGCGGUCAACCAGCCGCGCACCCACGGCAAGGAGCCCCGGUACGCGUGCGGCCUCAAGACCCAGGACGGCACCGAGGUCUCCCACGCCCUGCACAUCGAGCUCAUCGUGUCCAAGGAGUUUGCCCCCGAGGGCAAGACCCACCUCGCCGCCCAGACCGGCACUGGGAGGAUCCUCCGCAUGCACUUUGCCGUCAACCUCACCGAGUACCCGGGGCUCGGCGUGUCGUGGGACAACGAGGCGCCCCCCGUCUACCAGGACGUCCCGCCCAGCCCGCCGGCCUACCCUGCCGAGCCGCCCAUCGAGUACGACGACCUGGAGGAGCUGGAUGCCCAGAGGACAGGGUCUACGCCGGGCUCCAGGAGACAUAGCGAGUCUGGGAGGUCCACGUAG